CUAUCUCUCUUUCUCCCCCUCCCCCUCAAAACCCUUUGAUCAAACACCAAAUCUGAAGAAAAAGAAAACCCCAGAAUUUUUCACCUGCAAAAACUGUGUCUAACCCUUUUUUUACCUCUUCUUCUUCAUAUAUACACAUAAAACCUGAUCCUUUAUCUGAUAUAUAGACUUACUGCGAAGAGUAGGAGGAGGGAGGGGAGUAAAUAUGGAGCUAUUCCCAGAUUUAUCCUUGCAAAUCAGCUCACCGAACAGCAAACCGACAUCGACAUGUCGGACGACAACGGAGGAAGAUUUGGAUUUGGGUUUUUGGAAGAGAUCCCUCGACUCGAGGAACUCCAUAGCUUCAAUGGCGAAACCUGAUAACUUUUUCGACCUAUCUUUGUCCAAUACGAGAAUUUCAGAGUCCAACUCCAACCACCUUCAGCUUCUCCAAAACUGUAGCGCCAGUUGCAAUGGUAAUCUUUUCCAUGCUUAUCAUCAAAACCAAUUCCAAACUUAUCCUCACAAGCAUCUGCAACAUCCGCUACUGUAUCAGCAGCAGCAGCAGCAGCAGCAAGGGCUGGAACAAGAGCUUGGUUUCUUGAGACCCAUAAGAGGAAUUCCCGUCUACCAAAACCCUCCUUCUCAUUUUCCAUUUGCUCAACAACCUUUGGAAUCAUGUUUGGUUAGUAAUAACAUUAACACUAGUAGCACCAGCUUCACCCCCUUCCAGUCUCAAGGGUUGAUGAGAUCGAGAUUCAUGUCGAGGUUUCCGGCCAAACGAAGCAUAAGAGCUCCUAGGAUGCGGUGGACUAGUACACUCCACGCUCGCUUUGUUCAUGCUGUCGAGUUAUUAGGUGGUCACGAAAGAGCUACACCCAAGUCAGUUCUUGAGCUAAUGGAUGUCAAAGAUCUUACCUUAGCACAUGUUAAAUCCCAUCUUCAGAUGUAUCGAACUGUGAAGACCACAGACAGAGCAGCUGCAACUUCUGGACAAUCAGAUGCAUUUGAGAAUGGAUCGUCUGGGGAUACUUCCGAAGAUUUGAUGAUUGACAUUCAAAACCCAAGGAGAACGGAUAUAUCAGUUCAGCAAGGAAGAUCAUCAUCAUCAUCGAGUGCUCAUCAAGAGAAGGAAUACCAUGGUCUGUGGAGCAAUUCAUCAAGGGAAGCUUGGUUGCAUGGGAAACAUAAGGAUUCUGCUGGAAACGUACCAUCUCUCCAGUUGCAGAAGGAUAUGGAUCCAAAGUGCUUAAGCCAUGAGAGACUAUCAGAUGGAAGCUCAUCAAGCCUAUCAGGGACAAGCCCCAAGAAGCCUAAUUUGGAAUUCACCUUGGGGGUACUGCCACAUUGAUAUAAAAAAAA